AUGCCCCGCUCGUCCCCCGUGCGGGGCAUCUGCGUUUCGCGCCAAAACGGCGCGUGGCAAGAUGGCGGUGCGCGGGAAAAAUUCGCCACGCCGACGGGUAGGGACGCGCCAACGGGCGCCGCGGCCAAGCGGGGCUUCCCCGCGCCAUCGCCAACGUCCGUAAAUCGGAUGAUCCGCCGCAGCGAAGGAUCCGUCAACGCGGGCCGGUCGGCCGCCAAAAAUCUCCCAGGG